AUGGCGAACAGGGGGCCCAGUUAUGGACUGAGCCGAGAGGUGCAGGAGAAGAUUGAUCUGAAGUAUGACCCCGACCUGGAGCAGCGGUUGGUGGACUGGAUAGUAGCGCAGUGUGGAGGAAACAUGGAGAAGCCGCAGCCGGGCAAGCAGAACUUCCAGUUAUGGCUGAUGGAUGGAACGAUUCUCUGUAGGCUCAUCAACAGCCUUUAUCCAAGGGGGAAGGAGCCCAUCAAGAAGAUCCCAGAGACUCAGAUGGCCUUUAAACAAAUGGAGAAGAUAUCUCAGUUCCUGCAAGCUUCAGAAAGUUAUGGAGUCACAUCAACUGACAUAUUUCAAACUGUAGACCUCUGGGAAGGAAAGGAUAUGGCAGCAGUGCAACGAACCCUAAUGGCUCUGGGGAGUGUUGCUGUCACGAAGGACGAUGGUCUUUACAGAGGUGACCGAGACUGGUUCCACAGGAAAGCCCAGGGGUAUCGACGAGAUUUCACUGAAGAGCAGCUGCGCCAAGGCCAGAGUUUGAUCGGCCUGCAAAUGGGCAGCAACCGCGGUGCUUCCCAAUCUGGCAUGACGGGCUAUGGUAUGCACCGUCAGAUCAUGUAG